GAGGCGGACGGGCGGGUGCCGCGGUGCGGAGCCGCCUGCUCGGCCCUCGCAGCCUUCCCGGCCCCGCGGGCGCGGCCUGUGUGGGGUGAGGGCCCCGCGCUGCCCGCCGGUCGGCCGCCCCCCGCGCCGCCUCGGGGCGCUAUGAGCCAUGAAGCCGCCCGGCAGCAUCUCCCUGCGGCGGCCCCGCCGCCCCGCGCUCCUGUCGCUCCUCGUCGCGCCGCUCCUGCUGCUCCACGGCUCCGCCCGCUCCCGGGCUGCGGCGGCAGACGACCUGCACUGGAAUGAAACAGCAGGCAGAACUGAAGGGGUACUGGCAGAUGAAGAGAAUGCAUUUCAACUGAAUAAAAGUAGCAACAGUGAAAAUAACAGCCGCAGCAAUGCAAUCCAGAAAGAAAUCACACUGCCUUCAAGACUCAUUUAUUACAUCAACAAGGACUCUGAAACCCCCUACCAUGUCCUGGAUACUAGGGCAAGGCACCAGCAGAAACACAAUAAGGCUGUACAUCUGGCCCAGGCAAGUUUCCAGAUUGAGGCCUUUGGUUCCAAAUUCAUCCUUGACCUCUCUUUGAAUAAUGAUUUGUUAUCUUCCAAUUACGUGGAGAUUCACUAUGAAGAUGGGAAACAGAAGUUUUCUAAGGGUGGGGAGCACUGCUACUACCAUGGAAAUAUCAGAGGUAUCAAGGAUUCCAAAGUUGCUCUUUCAACUUGCAAUGGACUUCAUGGCAUGUUUGAAGAUGGUGCUUACAUGUACUUGAUAGAACCAAUGGAUUUGACUCACAGUGCGGAAAGCAAAAGUAGGCCACACAUCAUCCAGAGGACUUCUGGAACACAAGCCCCCAGGCAGCUGCAGGACAAUGAUACUGGAUCUACUUCUGAAUGGCCCUUUAUCUCUGAACUACUGUGGCUGAAGAGAAAGAGAAGAAGAAGAGCAGCAUCUCGAGGCGUCUUUGAUGAAAUGAAAUAUCUGGAGCUCAUGAUUGUCAAUGACCACAAAAUGUUCAAAAAGCAUCGUUCUUCAAACAUAUACACCAACAAUUUUGCAAAAUCUGUGGUGAACCUUGUAGACGCUAUAUACAAGGAACAGCUGAACACCAGAGUGGUCCUUGUUGCUGUGGAAACUUGGACAGACAGAGAUCGUAUUAAUAUUCACCCUGACCCACUGCAGAUGCUUCAUGAUUUCUCCAAGUAUCGGCAGCACUACAUCAAACAGCAUGCCGAUGCUGUGCACCUUCUCUCGAAUGUGACAUUUCAUUACAAAAGGAGCAGCUUAAGUUAUUUUGGAGGGGUUUGCUCUGUGACCAGAGGAGUAGGAGUGAAUGAGUACGGCCUCCCAUUAGCCAUGGCACAGGAAUUAGCGCAAAGCCUUGCUCAGAACCUUGGAAUACAAUGGGAGCCAGCUGCCAGAAAACCAAAAUGUGACUGCACUGAAUCCUGGGGUGGUUGCAUCAUGGAGGAAACAGGGGUAUAUCAUUCCAGAAAAUUCUCCAAGUGCAGCAUAGCAGAAUACAAAGAGUUUUUACUUCGUGGGGGAGGUGCCUGCCUUUUCAACAGACCAACAAAGCUCUUUGAAAAUACUGAAUGUGGAAAUGGAUAUGUAGAAGCAGGAGAAGAAUGUGAUUGUGGUUUCCGAAUGGAAUGCUAUGCAGACUGUUGUAAGAAGUGCUCUCUUUCUAAUGGAGCUCAUUGUAGUGAUGGACCUUGCUGUAAUACAUCAUGUCUUUUUUUUCCACGAGGCUAUGACUGUAGAUAUGCAGUGAAUGAAUGCGAUAUUGCAGAGAUCUGCACAGGAGAUUCUGGACAGUGUCCACCAAAUCUUCAUAAACAAGAUGGAUAUGCUUGUGAUUCUAAUCAGGGACGUUGCUAUAAUGGUGAAUGCAAGACAAGAGAUAAUCAGUGCAAAUAUAUCUGGGGAUCCAAGUCUUCAGGAUCUGACAAAUUUUGCUAUGAGAAGCUUAAUACAGAAGGCACAAAAAAAGGAAACUGUGGGAAGGAUGGAGACCGAUGGAUUCAGUGUAGCAAACAUGAUGUUUUCUGUGGCUUUUUGCUCUGCACUAACCUUACUAAAGUUCCACGAGUUGGUCAAGUUCAAGGAGAAAUUAUCCCAAAUUCUUUUUAUCACCAAGGACGAAUAGUAGACUGCAGUGGUGCUCAUGUUCUUUUAGAUGAUGAUACGGAUUUAGGUUAUGUAGAGGAUGGAGCUCCAUGCGGUCCUCAAAUGAUGUGUCUGGACAAAAAGUGCCUGCCAAUUCAAUCCUUGAACAUAAGCAGCUGUCCCAUUGGUUCAAACGGAAAAGUCUGUUCUGGUCAUGGGAUCUGCAGUAAUGAAGCUACUUGCAUUUGUAAUUACUCAUGGGCUGGGACAGACUGAAGUAUUGAUGAUCCUAACAGGGAUACUGGUAACAAGAAAGAUGAAGGACCCAAGGGUCCUAGUGCCACCAAUCUUAUAAUAGGCUCCAUCGCUGGUGCCAUCCUGGUAGCAGCUAUUGUCCUUGGGGGGACAGGAUGGGGCUUUAAAAAUGUCAAAAAACGAAGAUUCGAUCCAACUCAACAAGGCCCUAUCUGAAGAAAUGCAUUUCAAAGAGCUGCUUCUUUCACUAUUGGAUGUUGGGUAUGAUAUCUUUGCUGUAGCUGUGCAGGAACUAAAUAAAGAAGAACGUAAACUAUAGCUACAACUGUAAUGUUGAGAAGUUAGGAAUUGAGGAGAUCAAACUGUCCUUUUUGGAGAUAAGUUGAAAAUACUUUCUCCAUUCACCUUUCACUCGUUAUUAUUAACUGAUAAGUUAAGAGCAAACUAUUUCAAAACAAGGUUUUUUUCUUUUUUUCUUUUCUCAAACAAAGGAAGAGACAAAGACCAAGUGCAAUAAGAGAACUAUUCAAAACAUGUAAUAGCGGGAGGUUUUUUUUUUUCCAGCCUACAGGCACUCUAACUUCACUUGCGUUCGCAUGACUUCCUUUUUCUUAACAAUCUCCAGUGGCAUGAGAAGCUAAUUUUGAAAGGGUAACCUGCAUGGCUCACAUUAUAAACAACCAAGCUAGCAAGCUGACCCCAAGCAGAAUAUGCAGCCCAAAAACUACAAAGUACUUGGAAGCUGGUCCCAGGCUCCGACUGAUCUUCUGGCCGUGCAGUGUAUUUUGUCACCAGGCCUCAGAGCUCCCUGCUCUCUUGAGCUCACUGGCUGCCAGGCCAGGAGCCCGUUGGAUAUGGAAACAAUUGAGCGAUGGAUGGAGCUGCCCCACAAAGGAAAAUGUGUAAAUAUGGAAAUAAGAUUUUAAUGUAUCAUUUUCACAGAUUAUAAAUAAAUAUAAAUAUAUAUGUAUACAGAAAAGGAUUGCCAUAUAAAAAGGUUCUAUUCUUUAUGUAAAUCUAUUUUUGAUGUUGGUAAUUUUUUUUUAAUUUUUUUUUUUCUUUUUUUUUUUCUCCCCUCUUAUUCUGUAGCAUGUUUUACAGCCAGUGCUCUGGGCUUGCUCAAAAACAGCAGAGGAUAGCAUGCAGAUGCAGGGAGUUUUAACACCAAAAAAAUGCGAUCUAAAGCUUGUAUGCUUAAAACCAAAACCAAUUAAAAUGUAUAAAUGCAUAUAUCUGUGUAUUGGCUACAAGUCUGGAUUACUUUUUCACUGAUUUUUUUGGCAGAUUUUCUGUAAUAUAAUGUAAGAAAGUAACACCAUCAAAUUAGGCACGGAAGUGCCAAGCUUCUAUUUAUUUUUUUUUUAACUCAAGCUUUUUUUCCAGAUGUCUAGAUCCUGUAAUAUACAAAUUAAAUAAGCCUUAAAAUACUUGCAAAAUGUUAAAAGCUUGGAAAUAAGUUUUUCUUCCCUUCUGCUCACGUAUACCAACUUACAAAGAUAACUGACAUUUCUAACACACUCCCUGUAUCUCCUUGAUGCAUUUCACUUUUCCAAGUAUAAUGCAAGAGUCAGUCUUUUGACACUUUGCUACUGCUAGCUAGUUACAGAAUAUGGGAAAUCCAUAAAAUUGUAGGGGGGGGGGGCUUAAUUAUUUAGAUACACCUUGCAUAGAAACAGAUUUUUCAGACAAGUGCUGGGCAGCCAUACUGAUAGUAAGCAGGCUGCCUGCAUAUGUCUGACAUGAGAAAGAUACAAAGAGAACUAGUUUAGGACUCCCUUGUAGGCCCAAGAGAUCUGGCUCAUCCUGUUUACCUGGAUUAAACCAAGCAAACAAAAAAACAUGGAGUAAAUUAUUUAAGUGAGGCAACCUGGAAACUUUACUGCUGCAACUGAUAACCAGAAUCAGAGAGUUCAGUGAUUUUUGAUUUAAGGGUUGGAUAUUAGUAACUAUGGAACUGAAGUUCUGCUUUCAGUAGAAGUCUGUUUCUUAAGUUAGCUUUACAAGUCGGAGCAUUGGGAAAAAUGCUGCAGAUUUCCUGUGACUUAAAAAAAAAAAAAAAAUAAUAAUAAUCUUUUUCAUUUCAGUUGUUUUUCUUAUGAUAAUGUUGAAUCCAGCAGUCUCACAAGAGAAUUACUACGUAUUGUUUUGGUUGACAGUUGUUAUUGUUUCCAAACAGCUUUAACAAUCACAUUAAACACUUACUACAUGAUGAGUUAAAGGUGCUGCACACAGGUAGUUGAUAUCGAUAUAUUUGGAAGUCGUAUUCUGAACAGUUCCUGCCGGACCUCAAGCAGAACUAAGUUUUUAUGGCAAACCAAAAAUCCUUGCAAAUAUAUCAAUGUCUUAUAAAAUGAGUUUGCUUGGGAACGUGGUCCCAACUUCGAUAGAGUUCUGCUCCCAAAGCUGUGUAACCACAAUGGAAAUACUGCUGGUUACCAAAAACUAAAAUAAAAUCAACUGAUGUAUGUAAGCUACCUGUGUAAUAAACCUUUGAGAAGCAUUUCACAAACAACAUUGUAAAUGUGCGAUGUGAUGUUUUAAAUCAGACCACAGUGGUCCCCAACUAUACUAUGUACAUACAGUCAGUGCUGGAGUAACUUUUUAUUUACCCCAGCAGUUUCAUAGGAAUUAUGAUUUCUUGACUGAGUUUACACUGUACUCAUCAGCUGUUGCCUGUAUGUGGAAGUUUGCAGUGGCUCUGCCCUACAGGUAUAGAAUGCAAGUGAUAACGCAGCACAGAGCAGGUCAAGGCUGAAGUGCUUUCUGUGGCAUUAGACAAUAAAAGCUAUUGUAGUUUAGGUGUUCAUUUUCUACGUUGUGUCUUUGUUCUGCUUUGGAAGCACAUGUGCAUUUAAUUUGUUCAUCAUGGUGCCAUCAAAAGACACAGUAACAUCUGCAUCACCUGCUGUAUGUUUGCUCCAUUAUUUAUCUAUUCACCUGGACAAGAAACUGUGGUAACUGUACAGCUUAUUCCAGUUUGCUGCAUGCUCUCACUGAAUUGAUGUGAUCCUCCUAAAAGAGAAGUCUGCUAGGCAAAUUAACAGAUCUAUAGGUGCAUGUUAUAAGAAAUGGAUUACUUAAGGCUGGAGUUUAACAAAUCUUUCUUUACUAUGCAAAGAUGGGUAUUGCACAAAUUUAAGACUAAUGUCUGAGGAAAUGCCAUAGAAUACUUGAAGCUAUACUUUAAGCCUACUCGGUCCUGUUUUAUAUUCAUUAUUGCUUCCACUAUUUUUCUUUCGUUUUAAAAUUAUUUGUAAUUAUUUCUAAGUGCACAACUUGAUGUAAGAAGCCAGUUUUUGUUGGAAGACAGUUUUCAUAUUUUGUUGGCUGCUAAUGAAUGGGAACUCAAUAGUCUUUGUUCUGCAUCUUAGCAAGAUUAAAGAACUUCAUCAACAUGGA